AUGAAGGAUCUGAGGACUUCUACAUUACCCUGGACCAUAGGAGGGAAGAUGGUCGGAAACGCACUGUGUGAUUUAGGGACGAGCAUAAAUUUGAUGCCCUUGUCAAUUUUUAAGAAGUUGGACAUCGGCGAAGCCAGGCCAACCCCGAUCACAUUACAGCUAGCCGAUAGAUCAAUAAAGCUUCCGGAGGGCAAGAUAGAAGAUGUUCUUAUGCAGGUGGACAAGUUUAUCUUCCUUGCAGAUUUUGUUAUAUUGGAUUAUGAGGUAGAUAGAGAAAUUCCUAUCAUCCUGGGUCGCCCAUUUCUCGCCACAGGGCGAGCAUUGAUUGAUGUGCAGAAAGGGGAAUUGACCAUCCAGGUCGUUGAUCAAGAAGUAAAGUUCAAUGUACUCAAUGCGUUGAAGUACCCAGAAGAUAUAGAGAACUGCCAAUAUAUCAAAGAACUGCGGGGAGAACAGUGGCACGAACCUCUGAAGGAAAUGGAGGAGGUAGAUUUGGAAGGCGGCGCAAUAUUGGAGGAGGACUGCGCUGCAAUUCAUGUUAAAUCUAAUUUCGAACCGCUCAAGUUAUCUGAAUAA